UGUGUUGACUCGCGAGAGUGAACUCGCGAACAGUGAACAGUGAACAGGAAAUCGUUUGGUCUGCUGUUCAUCCUCCAGUCCGCUGGUUUGUUCGCCUCAGCAGAAGCCGACUCGCUGAACAGUGUAAAGUCAGUGUUGUCAAGGCUGGUUGAAACUCUACUUUAAAGUUGAAGAAUCAAGCCAGUUCAUCAAGUGAAGUGUCACUUGUUUUGCCUCGUAGAUGUGAUCAGGAGUGAGAUCGAGCUUCUCCCACAUCACCAGUCCAUCAAUCAACAAGUGUGUGUUGACGUAAAGAAUCUAGAUAUCUACUUUCCUAUUGAAUUUGAUUCAAUAAAUUGCCGAAGUUCUCACACCCAAGGCCCAAGGACUUUGAUUUAAUCUCACCCAGAACCUGUGUUGGAAGUGCCUUUUAUACUUAUAAAUCUACUCAGAGGUGCAGUAAAACCUGUGAAGAUGAGCAGAUUGCGGUGUGAAGAGACAGGGAUCAUAUGACAGCAUCAUGGACCAGCAUGUCAUUGCUUCACUGGAUUAUCCUGAUGACUGUUUAAUCUCUCAGUGUAUUAGACCGCCAUGACAAAGGCCAGAUGAGGGCAUCCUUACUUAUCUUGUAGUGGGUUUUCUUUUCAUUUGUUCUUCUCAGCUGGAAAAAGUGGCCUCUGAUUGAAGAUGCAUCACAAGGGUCAACCGAAUGGAGUCCUCAGGCAUAAUCUUGCCUGGAAGAAGCAUCACAGUCUCAAAAGCAGUGCAUAUUUAUUUUUUGUAGGAUUAAUGGGAUUCUUUGUGGGAGUGUUCCUGGUCAACUGGUGCAAAGUUAGUGUUAUUUCUCACUGUGGAUUAAAAGGUAUGUGUUGCAAGGAAAUUCGUUUGGGGCCUGAGCCAAGCCCUGAAAUGGAUGCCCCAGAGUCUGAGACAGAGCCGUCAAGUCUCAAAGACAAAGAUGACUUUAUAUUUGUUGGAAUUAUGACCGCCAAAAAGUUCAUUGACAACAGAGGACUGGCUUCACACAGAACCUGGGCUAGCAAUAUCAAUGGAAAAGUUAUGUUUUUUUCCAGCGAAGGUUCCUCCUCCAGCUAUGAUGUACCUGUGGUGGCAUUGCCUGAUGUCGAUGACCAUUAUCCGCCGCAGAAAAAAUCAUUCAUGAUGAUAAAGUACAUGCAUGAUCAUUUUCUCGACAAGUAUGAAUGGUUUAUGAGAGCAGAUGACGAUGUUUUCAUCAAGGGAGACAAACUGGAUGAGUUUCUCAGAGGGAUCAACAGCUCUCAGGCACGUUUUAUAGGGCAAGCAGGGAUAGGUAAAGCAGAUGAACUGGGAAAGCUAUCCUUGACAGCGCAUGAAAAUUUUUGUAUGGGAGGCCCUGGAAUGAUUUUUAGUCGUGAAACACUGAGGAGGAUGGCACCACACAUCAGCUACUGCUUGCAGAAUUUGUAUACUUCUCAUGAGGAUGUGGAAAUUGGCCGCUGUGUGAGAAAAUUUGCUGGUAUCCAGUGUACAUGGGCAUAUGAGAUGCAGCAGAUCCUGUACCAGAACUACAAGGAAGACAAGGGCUCCUUCAAGAACACGCUCAAGAACAAAGAGGUCCAGAAGGCCGUGUCGCUGCACCCGGUGAAGGACCCGGACUACCAGUACCACAUCUACAACUACCUGCGCUCGGUGCGCGUCAUGCAGCAACACCAGCGGGAGGUACAGCUCCACCGGGACCUGGCGGCCAUGACAGAGUUCCUGGAGGACGGCUGGUUCCUACCGGAGCCCAGCCUCAGCCAGAAGCCCUCGCUCAUCAAAUUCCGGCCCCUGAACGGGAAAGAAGUCAUUCCAUGGGAGUAUCUAGCCCGCUCUAUUUUCUCUCCGUUCAACAACAACCCCAGACGCGGAAUCGACGAAUCGGUCAAAGGAGCGUUAGACGAACUCGUCAAUCAGAUCAUCAUGAAAGUCAAUAAAAAUGCCCACUUGCGAGGUAGGACAAUAGAUUUUAAAGAAAUCCGUUACGGAUACCAACGCCUGGAUCCAAUGCAUGGGCCAGACUAUAUUCUUGACCUGCUGCUUACGUAUAAGAAAUAUCGCGGGAAAAAAGUCUCUAUGAAUGUCAGGCGACAUGCAUACCUUCAGAGGACUUUUUUACCACUGGAGAUGAAAGAAGACCCAGGUGUUGUUCCGACGAAGGAAGGUUUUGGGGUUGGGGCCAAAGUGAAAUCCUGGCUGCACAAAUUUUCUGGCCAAGGAGAUUCUCCUCAGCUCAUCAACAAGAGAAACGAGCACAUCGACAUCAUUAUGCCUCUGAUGGGCAGGUACAAAAUAUUCCAAAGAUUUAUGAACAACUUUGUGAAUGUCUGUCUGCUCCCGCAGGAAAAUGUGAAACUUGUUGUGGUUCUGUACCACGCCAAAGACGACCCAGAUGCAUUUAAACACAGUCUUGAUCUCAUUUAUUAUCACCAAGACAAGUAUGGCAAGGACUUCAUCGAAGUGGUUCAAACAAAUUCUGAGUUCUCGCGUGGGCCGGGCCUGCAGUUAGGAGCGGAGCGUUGCCACGAGGACUCGCUGCUGUUUUUCGUGGAUGUGGACAUCAUCUUUUCCUCCGCCUCUCUCGACCGCAUCCGACUGAACACCCGGCGAGGGUCUCAAGUAUACUUUCCCAUUGUUUUCAGUCAGUACGACCCCCAGCCUGUGUGCGCGCCGGGCUCCCCGCACUGUGACUGCAGACACACUGAGUGUGUUCUCAAACCAGAGGACGUGAGCGAGGAUGCGGGCUACUGGCGUCUGUUUGGCUUUGGCAUCGCCGCCCUGUACCGGAGUGACUACCACGCUGUGGGCGGCUUUGAUCUCAGUAUAAGGGGGUGGGGCAAGGAGGAUGUGGAUUUAUACACUAAAUUUAUAGAGCAUUAUUACAUCAUCUUCAGGGCUGCUGAUCCUGGCAUGACUCACAUCUUCCAUGCCAUUCAGUGCAGUGACAACCUGGUGGAGGCACAGAUGGUCAUGUGCAUCAAUUCUAGGGCUCAGAGCUAUGCAUCAACGUCCUUGCUUUCUAAUCAAAUCUACAACAAUCAUGAAAUCUUACGCAGAAUGGAAAUGCACCAUAUAAAUCAUAGAUUAAAAUAGGGUGAUAUUUGUAAAGUGGGCGAAUUGCUUUAGGUAGUUUAUAUCCUCAGCUGAGCUGUGUGACAUGUUUGUUUUCUGUUGAUUAUACUGGUUGUGUGGUUUUAUUUAGUGCCUUCAUUUCUGUUAGUGUCCUGAAACAAUGCUUGAAACUUUGCAAAGUAACUCCACUCCUCUGCCUGCUUUUUGUGCAUAUUCAUUAUUUGCUUUGAGGGAGAGUAUUUCUAUACUAUUAUG